CAAGGCAAGAUGGCGGCGCCCAUGGAAGUGGUGGUGUGUACAGACUCCGCGGCACAGUUAUGGAGCUGCGUGGUGUGGGAGCUUCAUUCGGGCGCCAACCUGCUCACCUAUCGAGGCGGCCAAGCGGGGCCGCGAGGCUUGGCGCUACUCAAUGGCGAGUACCUGCUAGCAGCGCAGCAGGGCAAGAACUACAUCUGUGCUUGGGAGCUGCAGCGCAAGGACCAGCUCCAACAGAAAAUCAUGUGUCCUGGGCCCGUCACCUGUCUGACUACAGCACCUAACGGCUUGUAUGUCCUGGCAGGAAUUGCAGAGAGCAUCUACCUGUGGGAGGUCUCCACAGGGAACCUCCUGGUCAUCCUCAGCCGUCACUACCAGGAUGUGUCAUGCCUGAAGUUUACAGGUGAUGGUAGCCAUUUUGUCUCCACGGGCAAGGACUGCCUGGUGCUGGCCUGGAGCCUCUGCAGUGUGCUACAGGCAGACCCAUCCAGGAUCCUUGCUCCGAGACAUGUCUGGUCCCAGCACACGCUCCCAGUCACAGACCUGCACUGCGGCUUUGGGGGCCCCAUGGCCCGGGUGGCCACCGCUUCACUGGACCAGACCAUAAAGCUCUGGGCCAUCUCCUCGGGAGACCUGCUACUGUCUGUCUUGUUUGACAUGGGCAUCAUGUCUGUGACCAUGGACCUGGCCGAGCACCACAUAUUCUGUGGAGGAAGCGAUGGCUCAAUCUUCCAGGUGGACCUGUGCAGCUGGCCCGGACUGAGGGAGCACAGCUUCCAGCCCGAGCAGAACACAGGGAAGGUCUUCAAAGGACACAGGAACCAAGUGACAUGCCUGUCGGUGUCAACAGAUGGCAGCGUUCUGCUCUCAGGCUCCCAUGACGAGUCUGUGCGGCUGUGGGAUGUGAAGAGCAAGCAGUGCUUGCGCACAGUUGCCCUCAAAGGCCCAGUGACCAAUGCAGCGAUCAUGCUAGCCCCAGCCAGCAUGCUGAACCCUGAAUUCAGACCCAGCCUGCCCCUGCCCCACUUCAACAAGCACCUGCUGGGUGCUGAGCAUGGAGAUGAAGCCCAGGGUGGGGGCUUGCGCCUGCAGCUUGGGCUCCACCUGCAGGGCAAAGACCCUAGCUACCUGGAGCGUCUGGAGCAGCUGCAGGCAGUGUUGUCCGGCUAUCUGGAGAAGAACAUGCUAGGCAGCCAGAUGCUGCCAGCUCGUGUGUUUGAGCUGGAGGAGGAGGUGCGUAGCCUGCGCAAGAUCAACCGGGACCUGUUUGACUUCUCCACGCGCAUUAUCACGCGGCCCUCUAAGUGAUGCGGGCUGGGCAGCUGCCACACAAACACUUGCCGUGGGGCUGGGAUUAGUGUUUUAACAAAGGAUGGACUGAAAAUCAU